AUGCAGAUAGAGAAUAAAGAAAUAAAAGUAAAUCUGAGUGAUUCAAAAAUAAAAACAGUAAAAAAAGAAAGUGUAUUUAAUGAAACACUUAAUACUAUUAUUAAGUUAGAGAAAUAUGAAGUACUUUCAAAGAAAAAUGAAUGUGUUCUUAAGAGUGAUACACUAUCUAUACCAGAAGGAAAACUCAUAGGGAUUAUUGGGGUGAAUGAGCAUGAGAAAUUAAAUUUAAUGGAUAGUUUAGCAGGAAAGUGUAAAUCUACACAUACAAUAUAUGGGCAUGUUUAUACUAAAAACAAGGCGGGCGGUCUUUCUAUGAGACGGUCUGGUGAUUGGUUUAAUAGAGUUAAUUACAUAUCCCAGUCUGCAGUUGAUUAUGAAAAUGUUCCUGCUAGGAGUAUAUUAGUUUCCAUUGCAAAAUGUAAUGGCAUGGCAGAAGCAGACGUAGACAAUUAUAUGAAUACAUUUGGGAUAGAAAGAGCAAAAAAGUGUUAUUUUUAA